GAAAUGGAGUGUUCUUCCCCCCUCGAGGCCUCAACUAGAAUGAUUACGAACUGCGUGUAGGUUUCAGUUUUGGAUGAAGAACAAAAUUGUGUCCACCUUCUUUGAUUUGGUGGGUAGAUAUCAAGACUCUUUACAGAUUUUGGGUUACUGAAGGAUUCACUGUUUGGAUGCACUUGGAUGGUGUCUGCACUUGAGGAGUUCGACAAUGGCGAAAUGUAUUUGGCAUAUUAAGCUUAUAUUCUUCACUCUGUUAUCCUGUACAGCAUUUGAGUCUUUUAAGAUUGAAAAUCUCUGAUGUGAUAUGUUUAGCUCUUUAGCGUUGAGCUAGUUUUGAAGAAACAGGUAAGAGUUCAGGCUUUCCAUCACCGUACUAGUUGCAAAAGACUUGUGGAGGGGAGAUUUGAUGAUUUGGGGAGUAGUGGAUCGGAUCAGAUGAUGAAUUUUCAGUGGUUCAAGCAGGUACCAAACCAUGGUAGAUCCGAAAGGAAACUCUCGCUUGGAGAAUAUAAACGAGCCGUUUCCUGGUCCAAGUACUUGGUCUCCUCUGGUGCAGAAAUCAAAGGAGAGGGUGAGGAAGAGUGGAGUGCCGAUUUGUCUCAGCUGUACAUCGGGAAUAAGUUUGCAUCGGGGCGGCACAGUCGUAUCUAUCGCGGGGUAUACAAGCAGAGAGCGGUGGCGAUCAAGCUGAUAAGCCAGCCUGAGGAAGACGAGGGGUUGGCAGUUAUGUUGGAGAAACAGUUUACUUCAGAGGUUGCGUUGCUCUUUCGUCUCCAACACCCUAAUAUUAUCACUUUUGUUGCAGCAUGUAAGAAACCUCCUGUGUUCUGUAUCAUCACUGAGUACUCAUCAGGAGGCUCACUUAGAAAAUACCUCCAUCAGCAGGAGCCAAAUUCCCUUCCACUAGAUUUGGUUUUGAAAUUUGCCCUUGAUAUUGCUCGCGGGAUGCAUUAUCUUCAUUCCCAGGGGAUACUCCACCGGGACCUUAAAUCUGAAAAUCUACUACUCGGUGAAGAUAUGAGUGUGAAGGUUGCUGAUUUUGGGAUCUCAUGCUUAGAAUCUGAGUGUGGCAGCAGAAAGGGGUUUAGAGGUACAUACCGCUGGAUGGCGCCUGAAAUGAUAAAAGAAAAACAUCAUACGAGGAAAGUUGAUGUAUACAGUUUUGGCAUAGUCCUUUGGGAGCUUCUAACAGCAUUGACACCUUUUGAGGGCUUGACAUCAGAACAGGCUGCUUUUGCAGUCUCCGAGAAGAAUGCGAGGCCUCCAUUGCCCUCCGCAUGUCCAGUGGCAUUAAGCUGUCUCAUAAGUCGAUGUUGGUCAUCUAAUCCAGAUAAACGUCCUCACUUCGCUGAGAUUGUUUCAAUUCUUGAAAGUUACAGUGAAUCCCUUGAACAGGAUCCAACUUUUUUCACAUCCUACAAACCCCCUGAAAAACGUACUUUUCUGCGAUGCAUCCUGAAGUGUAUAACUGUCCGUAGGUUCACUUCUUUAAAAGCCUAACAUUCUUAUAUGGAAUUAAUUAUGCAAUAAGUUACCUUAUUUUUCUUGAGUGGU